AUGAAACCUUACCAGAGAGGAGUCAGUCAUAGCUCUUUCUCGACUGGAGAUCUGGCAAGGCUUAAGAACUCUCUAAAACAAGGAAUUGCCCAAGAUAUGUCUUCUUCUCCCAAAUUAGACAGAUACAAAAUAGCAAGAUAAUUAACAGAAAAAGCCAUCAAGGAAAAGAAGAUUUUUUCCAUCUAUGGACACUACCCUGUGAUCCGGGCCACACUGCGAAGGAAGGGUUGGGUAGAAAAGAAGUUCCACUUCCUGCCCAAGAUCCUUCAGAAUGUCGACAGUGAAGGUAAAGGGGCUCUGGAAGAGGAUCAGACCUGCCUUUUUCCAUGUAGUGCUGACACCAAAGAAAAUCAAGAAAUAGCCUUGGAAAGAUUGGAUGAGAUCUAUGAUGUGAUGUCUAGUUUGGUAAAAAAUGAGGUGCCUAACCUCCUUUGGACUGUCAAGAGGGAUGUUGUGGACUAUCACAGCUUGACCUGUGACCAGAUGCUGAACCACUGUGGAAGGACGGUGUCAUUCACCACUAAGAUCGGACUGUGUGUGAACAUGAGGAGCCUGCCUUGGUAUGUCCAGGCCAAUCCUAACACCUUCUUCCCACGUUGCUAUGGCCUCUGCUCAGAGACUGAGAAGCAAGAGUUCUUAGACGACUUCCGGCGUACAGUGGCUUCCAGCAUCCUCAAGUGGGUGGUCAUCCACCACAGCUACAACCAAAACAAGGGCAACGGUAAGGAGGAGGCCAAGAAAGGUGACGCCAACCCCAAGAAAGAUCCUGAGACUACCGACCCCAAGCCCCAAGGCCUCUCGGGACAACUUGUGGACACAGCCUGCAAGGUGUGCCAGGCCUACCUGGGACAGCUGGAGCACGAGGACAUUGACGAGUCAGAGACCAGCGCUGAGGCCCUUUCUGAGGAUGAGUGGAAUGACCUGAUCCAGCAGUACUACUCUCUGGUUCAUGGCAAUGCUUUCAUCUCUGAGUCAAGAAGUUACUUUUCGCAGUGCCAGACUCUGCUGAAUAAGAUCACUUCUGUGAAUCCUCAGACAGAGAUUGAUGGGCUUCGGAACAUCUGGAUCAUAAAGCCCGCAGCCAAAUCCCGGGGCCGAGAUAUUGUGUGCAUGGACCGUGUGGAGAACAUCCUGGAGCUGGUGGCUACAGACAACCAGACCACCAAAGACAACAAGUGGGUGGUCCAGAAGUACAUUGAGACUCCAAUGCUCAUCUACGACACCAAGUUUGACAUCCGGCAGUGGUUCCUCGUCACCGACUGGAAUCCCUUAACCAUCUGGUUCUACAAGGAAAGCUACCUACGGUUCUCCACACAGUGCUUCUCCCUGGACAAGCUGGACAGUGCCAUCCACUUGUGUAACAACUCCAUCCAGAGACGGCUGAAGAACGACAAGGGGCGCAGCCCACUGCUACCCGGCCACAACAUGUGGACCAGCUCCCGCUUCCAAGAGUACUUGCAGAAGAGGGGCUGUGGGACCAUGUGGAGCAGCAUCAUCUACCCGUCCAUGAAAAAAGCCAUCACCAAUGCCGUGAGGAUGGCCCAGGACCACGUAGAGGCCCGAAAGAACAGCUUUGAGCUCUACGGGGCUGACUGCAUCCUAGGGCGAGACUUCAAGCCCUGGCUCAUUGAGAUCAAUUCCAGCCCCACCAUGCACCCGUCCACUCCUGUCACCGCUCAGCUCUGUGCCCAGGUGCAGGAGGACACUAUCAAGGUUGUGGUGGACCGCAGGCUGGACCGAAACUGUGACAUCGGCAACUUUGAACUUCUGUGGAGGCAGCCUGCCAUCGAGCUGCCCCCAUUCAACGGGUCUGACCUCUGUGUGGAAGGAAUCAGUGUGAAGAAAGCCAAGAAGCAAAUGCCACCCAUCACCAACCUCGGCUUCUCAGAAUGACUUUCGGACUCACCACUCAAAAUGCAGAGCCCCCAGGGUCUGCCAGAUCCAGCGUGCGGGCCCUCCGGAGCCACCCUGAGGCUGGGCAGGAAACGGGAAGAGGCAAAGGUACUUUCAGCCACCUGGCCUGUGCCAGUACUGCCACUGAGGGGGGCUCAAGCGAAGCCCACCCAUGUGCUUCCAGCCUGCAACUACCAACAUGUAGACAGUGAGACCCCAAAAAGCACUUUUACCAAAGCCCUGUCCACCAAACAAUUGGAUCCAAAAUUCUGUAAAUAUGCAGUUCCUGGCCCCCGCCUCUGUCUCCCCCUGCCCAAAGCAUCAGGUAACCAUGGGGAUCCUGUGCCUGCCUGUCCCAUCAUAUUUAGAGAUUUCUGGCUCCAUCCCAACCCUCAAAGACCUUCCAGCUGCAUCCUCCAGAGCAGGCCACAGUGCUGGGGAAGGAACAUCCCCUGA